UAGAUAUGGCAUGGACUCACACAUCAGCUGGAGACCGUAUUCUCGCAUGAUGUGGCGACCACAGCGAUGCAAGUCGCUCAGGCAUUCCGAGAGAUCGGCCUCGAAGGAAGGGCGCCGCAGGCCGCGCUGAACUGCCUGCAAGAUGUGAAUGACACCCAUUACCUUCGCCUACGCUAUACUUACGAAGAGCUCAAGUUACUCGAGCACGCCCCAGCCUCGCUCUCUCAGCGCAUCAAAAAUCGACUCGUUCACACGGCCAUUCACUUGACCAAAGCAUACGAUAUCCAACCGGAGCGCUUGGUACUCAAGAACCAUCUUCAGCUAUGUGGAGGCGCGGCGGUGAAUGGUGGUGGCUUUGCAGACGUUUGGAAAGGUAUCUUGAACGGCGAAGAAGUGUGCGUCAAGGUCAUCAGGACGAAUCGCAAGAGUGCCGAUGCCGCGUCGAAGGAAUUCAGCAAGGAGGCUCUGAUUUGGCGGCAACUGAACCAUCCGAACGUCCUUCCCUUCUAUGGCGUUUACUACAUGGAUGACGCACGGAGUAUGCUGUGCCUCGUCUCUCCGUGGAUGGAGCAUGGGCACGUUAUGGAAUACCUCAGAAAGAGCCCUCCGUCGAUCAACAGAGUGGCGUUGGCCUACGACGUCGCAAGCGGCCUUGCCUACCUCCACGGCGAGAACGUGGUUCAUGGCGAUCUGAAAGGCGCCAACAUUCUUGUGUCUGCGUCAGGCAAGGCCUGCAUCGGCGACUUUGGCCUUUCGUCGGUCACCGACAUCGCCUCUAUCUACCAGCAGACCGAUGAUGCAUCCUCGUCGUACUUCUGCGGCUCCGCCAACUGGGCAGCACCAGAGGUUCUCCAGUCAGGACAGCUGAGUGACAAGAGCGACAUUUAUGCAUUCGCGUGCGUCGUGUACGAGCUAUUCGCUGGCCAUGCACCGUUCGCGGAUGUCCCAAACGGCGGCUGUGCGAUCUUGUUCAAAGUUGUCAUCGCCAAGGAGCGUGCCGCACGGCCGCUCUCUCCUGUGCUUUCCGACGCUGUCUGGGCACUUGUAACCCGCUGCUGGGCUCAUGAGCCUGCGGAGCGACCCAGCGCACAGGAGGCUAUGGCCGCGCUGCGCGCCGAGCUUGAGGCGACGCCGGAAGCGAAGACCUGGGACGCGUCCAUUCCCUCGAAGAUCCGCGCUGCACUGGAGGAACUGCCAUUCUGCCCGACCGUGGACAACAUCAAGAUCCUCACGGGGAAACUGUCGCGGGUGGAUACUAUGGAUGUGGACCCCGCCAAGCCAUCGACGGGAACCAUCCGCCAGGGCACCUCGAGGGCUGACGGCAGACGGCCGACAAAAGCUCCGUAUGGUGCUGCCCGCCCGCGCGCUACCACUCUGAGAGCUACUGCGCCAGAGUACAUACCUCACUCCCUAGCGCGCUCGCACAGCGAACCAUGGCAGACGGAAGUAUGGCACGCCCCGAAAUCGUUUGUCCGACCACUCGUCCGCACUCCAUCCGCCCCCUCCGCCAGCCCCUACUCUCCUACACCAUCCCCGUUGGCCUCGUGGAGCGCGUACGCGCAGCCUCCACUGGAGCUACAGAACUCGAAGCGCAAGACACGAGACAGCGCCGUGUGGAACCAAUGGCGAGGAGACGAUGUUGAUUCCUGGGAGGAGGAAGAUACGUUGGUGUCGUCGCGGGCCCCGAGUCCUGCCUCCACAUGUGUGGACAGCCCGCAGCAACGGACGUGCCUGUUGUCUCUCAACCCGAGAGCUGCAGAGUUCGUUCCAUGCGCGGUCUCUAAGAGGGAAUGUUGGAAUUUCUAGGUCUAUUCCAUCCAAACAUAUGCCCAUAUGAUGCUCACGACACGGGACGGAUUUGUACACUACAUAAAUUAUUCGGUCCUGUUCUGCAGUUAUGUUGUGC